AUGAUUUCCCUGCGGAGUCUCGCUCAGCUGCUCAUGCUGCUGAUCCAGAGCGGAUACCGGGGGGUCGCGUCGAGUCCAACCGACGAGGGCGCGCUCCGGACCGGCCACGGGGAGCACGGAGAGCCGGGCCACCAGGAACCGCACAAGGACUCCUACAGCACGUUCGCCUCCGAGUUCCUGGAGUCCAGAUAUCUGUCGGAUGACGGUUAUCCGUUCCCCACCGCCCCACCGGUCGACCCCUUCGCCAAGAUCAAAGUGAGCGACUGCGGAGUCACCAAAGGCUGCAUAAGGUAUGGGAAGCCGGGGUGUGAUGCAGAGACGUGCGACUACUUUCUGAGUUACCGUCGCAUCGGGACAGAUGUGGAGUACGAGAUGAGUGCAGACACAGAUGGCUGGGUGGCCGUUGGGUUCUCCUCUGAUAAGAAAAUGGGAGGAGACGAUGUCAUGGGCUGCGUGCACGACGACAACGGACGCGUUCGGAUUCAUCACUUCUACAACGUGGGUCAGUGGGCCAAAGAGAUCAAGAGGAACCCGGCUCGAGACGAAGAGGGAAUCUUUGAGAACAAUCGGGUGACCUGCCGAUUCAAGCGUCCUCUGUACGUCCCCAGAGAGGAGACGCUGGUCGACCUGCACCUGUCCUGGUAUUACCUGUUCGCGUGGGGACCCGCCAUCCAAGGCUCCAUCACGAGGCACGACAUCGACAGCCCUCCAGUCAGCGACCACAUGAUCAGCAUCUACAAGUACGAGGACAUCUUCAUGCCGUCCACAGCCUACCAGACCUUCAACUCGCCCCUCUGCUUGUUGCUCAUAGUAGCUCUCACCUUCUACCUGCUAAUGGGAACGCCAUAAAGAAGCACAACAGAGCCAAGAACACGAGGAAGGAGAAGCAGCAAUAAAAAAAAAAAAAAAAAGUUGCCAUUUUUACCUGAUGCCACAUUCAAGUGUGCACUUUGCACAAAAUGAGAGACUGUAUUAGAUAAUAUUAAACAUGAUAGAGUAUAUAUUCACUACUCAUACAGAGGAUUAUUAAACCCAUCCUGUAGAGGUGUCAUGUACUGGUCUGAGGAUAAAACAACAGAGUAGUGUUAGUCUAAAACAGGCCAGUUAUUUUCAGUAUUUAUGAUAGCUUCCAAAUAUUACAAAAUAUAUGUAUAAAAAAAAUACAAAGACAACACAUGCCAGUAAAUAAAUCUCACUUGUCUUUGAAACACUGCAUGCACUGGAAAAUCUGGGAGUGAUUUCAGAAACCCGCUGUUCACCGGUGACUCAUGUUGAACUUGGCGAAAACACAACGGAUUUCUGAGGACGAAAGCAAAACAAAGCAGCUCGCACAACUUCCUCCUGCCCCCCUCUCCCCUGCUGUGUGGAUAUCAGCAAAGACAAAAAGACGGUUUACUGCUGUCGAACAUUUAGUUUCCGAGGUUUUAGGAACUACAGUAUGCAUUUACCAUGUAAAAGAUUUUCAUGAACUUUCUAUAUUCAUGUUUUGGUUCGUCUCACUUUUCCAUGAUUUCCUUUAUUUUUCGCUCUUCCCCAACCACAGAGACUGUGUUGUUCAUCAGUACUGUGGCACUGUGACUGAGUUUAACAAAGAGAGACUGAUACAUGGGUUACUAUUGCCGACACAAGCAAUAACACACUGAACAGGAGCAAACUGUGGACUGAUAACAUUUUGCUUGGAUAUUUUUUUUCCCCAGGUUCUAACUGUAGCCUUUGGAUCUGUAUUAAAAAUGGCUGAAUAUGUUAAAAUGUCUCCCACGGAAA